UGAGGCAACUUUCUUCGUUUAAAUUUCCAGAGAUUAUUCUCCAGCAGAGGGCGGUAGUGCCUCUGCUUACUGGCUUUCAGAACAAACAGGAAGUAGCUGUGUCCGUGACUCCAGCCGGAAGCAUCGUUAGCUUAGCUGUGUUUUAUCAGUGUGUGAGGAUCCAUUGUGAGUCUGCGCAGCAACGAUGGGUUCAGUUCAGCCUCUGAGAGAGUUUAUCAGACAGAGACUAACUGCUGCUGCUGAAGAAAUCUUCUCAGAGGUGGAAAAAACCAUCAUCCAGUACGAGGAGGAGAUCGACCGUCAGAGACUGCUGGACAUCAGCUGGAGACCCCGGAUCAGCUCACAGAGAGCAGAUUCAACUUAUCCACCUCAUUCUGUGUGUAAGGAGGAAGAUCCUCCUGCUGAGCUGCAACCCUGCAGCCAGGAGAGAAGCUCUAGCUGGGAUCAGAAGCAAACCGAAGAACAUCUGCAGAUAAAGAAGGAGGUCAAAGAACCAGAAGCAUCUGAAGCUUUGCUUGUAAAAGAGAAACCCAGCGAAUUCUGCAACAGUCAGGAUGGACAGCCUCUUCCCCAGAAGCAGGACAUCCAUACCUCCUUUAUCAAUACUGUUUAUAAGGAACAACCAGAAUCAGACAGAGAGCAGAUCCUCUCUCAGGACAUUCCUACAGAUGGGAACCGGUUCUGGGAAGGAAGGAAUGAUGAAGAUUUUGGACUGAUUACAGAGGAAGAGGGACCCCAAAGACAGAGAGGUCUAGAAAGCAGAGAUCGAACGUUCUUUCUUGCUCACAUGCAAACUCCUACAUCUGAAAGGUCUUUCUCAUGUCCCAUCUGUGGAAAAUGUUUCCCUCAAAGAGGCUUUUUGAGAGUCCACCUGAAGAUCCACUCAGAUAAGAGUCUGUGUCAGGGACAGAUCUGCACCAAGGGUUUCCUCAGCAGCAGGAACCUGCCUGACCACAUGAAUACUCACACAGGUGAGAAGGUCUUCACCUGUUCCAUCUGUGGGAAAAGCUUUAGCGCUAAAGGCACAUUGAAUGUUCACUUGAGAAUCCACACAGGGGAGAAGCCUUUUACCUGUCAGACCUGUGGGAAAAGCUUUGUAGUCCGAGGCCAUCUGACGGAUCACAGCAGAACCCACACAGGAGAGAAGCCUUUCUCAUGUCAAACCUGCGGAAAAUGCUUCAGUCAAAGCACCCAUUUAAGAGUUCACAGCAGAGUUCACAGCAGCAACAGGCAGCUGACUGGCCUCUGCGCAGCAACAAUGUGUUCAGUUCAGCCUCUGAGAGAGUUUAUCAGACAGAGACUAACUGCUGCUGCUGAAGAAAUCUUCUCAGAGGUGGAAAAAACCAUCAUCCAGUACGAGGAGGAGAUCGACCGUCAGCGCAGACUGCUGGACAUCAGCUGGAGACCCCGAGCCGUUCAGAACCCCGCAGAGUUCCAGAAACGUUUUCUCAGUACUAAUGAUGAUGAUCUCAUUGAGCCGCCGCUCUAUAACCAGGAGAACCUUUCUGGGCUGGAGGAACCAGACCCAGAACCUCUGAAUGAGGGACCAGAAUCUCUGCAGAUUAAAGAAGAACCAGAUGAUUUGUACACGGGUGAGGAAGAAGAGCAUGCUCGUCUGAAGGAGGAGACUGAGGCCUUCAUGGGGAGUCCAUCUUAUGAGGAAGGAGAACACAGCCACCUAGAACCCGACUGGGACCAGAUCCCACCUGAAACAUGCCUAGCAGGUGAUGAUGAAGAUCAGGAAGGAGGUGGUCCUGAUGAACUGAGCCCUGAUGAAGAGCAGAAAGAAAAGGAACAAUGUUGGAAGGGAAGCAGAUCCAGGAGGGAUGAGAAUCAGAAUCUGUUUUCGUGUAAAAUGUGCAGCAAAGCUUUUACUCAGAAGGGAAGCUUGACCAAACACCUGCGGGUCCACACAGGUGGGAACCCCUUCACCUGCCUCAGCUGCGGCCGGAGCUUUCGCAAACAUUUCAGCUUGAUAGUCCACAUGAGGAUUCACACGGGAGAGAAGCCCUUCCCCUGUCUGAUCUGUGGCAAGAGCUUCUGUCAGAGAGGGAAUCUGAACGUCCACAUGAGAACGCACACGGGCGAGAAGCCGUUCCCCUGUCUGACCUGUGGCAAACACUUCCAGCGGAAAAGUAAUUUAACUGCACACAUGAGGAUCCACAGGAGGAACACGCUGUCAUUGUGCGGCAUUGGGAAGGAGCAGCUCUGAAUCGAAGUUAACAUGAGGUGUUAGGAAAUAUAAACGGUUAAAACUUGACUUCUUGCUUUUUUCAUUGCAGGAAGCUAAAGAAAAACUUAAAUUAAGUGAUGAGUGUCUUGAUCCUUUUCUAAAAUGUUCCUAAUGUUUGAAGGUUUCUGCUGCUAAAGGCCAGAACACACCGAAUCCGAUUUUGAGUCUGAUCCGACGGAUAUCAACAAUAUGUGUAUAACACAGAGACAGAAGUGAAACAAAUCUGUGCAGAUCUACCCACCCUGCCAAGUGGUAGCCUCUCCAUACACAGAUUAAAAAGUUGCGCAGAGUCGGUGUGUUCUGGCCCGAACACGCUUAUCCUCAAAUGAUCAGCAGUUCAUCAAACGUGCCAAAGUACACUCCUCGUUGCUUUGAGGUUUCUGCUGUUUAGUAAAUGGAGUUCAUGCAAUGUGACGAGUGAUCUGAGCUCACUGCUGCGAUCCUUCCUUUAUCGUUUAUCCAUGCAUCUUUAUCUCUCUGGAAUAAAGGAACAUCCUGUUUA